UGGCACAUUAGCGUAGCGGUUCUCCUUUCUGAGGACGUUUGUGAUGGUCAUGGAAAUGUUGCUUCCAACGGCCUGAGAAUUCUGUAGACGCUACUGUGUUUUCUCCUUUGCAGUUUUAUCACAAAGAAGAUGGAUCGGUAACAGAUACGACUCGGUUACUGAUACUCUUGACACUGAUGGAGCUCAUGACUGUGUAUCAAGAUCACAAUGUCUACAAUUUCAUAAGGGUGAACUGAGACCAAAUGUCGAACCAGCACGCAUCAUCAGUAAUCAUGAUGGCCGUCAUCUGGUCACCGGGGACAAAUAAGAACUUUCCCCAUGAUGAGACCCUGCAGUACCUGCUCAUUCUGUGCUUCAAAGUAGCUCUGAACACAUUCGUUCUGUUUUUCUGGAGGCUCAGCAUUUUCAAGUCAUUCCUGGGGCUCUGCAGUGUGACUAUGUACGUGGCAGACGUGCUGCUGGUCAGUGCGGUCAUGAACGCUUGGCUCUUUAAAGAACACCUACCCACCUCUACUUCGAUGUGCUUCAUCCUGGCUCAUGGAUCGGCUGUCUACGCCCUGCUUCCCCUGCCCAUUCUCAUCGUUGGGGCGUUUGACUACGCCAGCUACCCGCACCUAGAUACGAGCUCAAGCACUCGGUGCAGGGCCGUAAGUUACAGCAUUGUGAUUGUGCUUCUGUGGGCAUUAGCGUGCUGUUACACCUACAACUACACAGACACGCAACCUAUGGAGACUUACAAAGACAACAUGAGAGUCCUUGCGUGUCGUGUUCACGGAUCUUCUGUAGUGUUUCAAUUUAGCAUACACUUAUCUAUUGCAGUGGGUUUCAUACUCCUGCUUUAUUUUAAAAAGAAGAUUGGCUGGACUAGAAAAGCCAAUAAACUGGCAGAGCUGAAAAACACAGCAUUUGCUCCCGAGAAAGAUCAAAACUUCCUGUGUGCUCAGGCUGGGGAAGGUGGGAAUUCUGAAAUUCCUCUCUUUGUCAGUCUGACUCUCUGUUUUGCUUCGAACUGGAUGCCCUACCUGUUGAUGGGUUUUGCAUGUGCCUUGGUGGGCUUUGUGGUGCCAGCAUAUGCCAGCGUCAAUCUUCUGUGGAUGGCCUGCGCCAACAGUGUAUUGGUUGCCAUUGCCUUUUGGUUUAGAAGUGACAGUAUUGGACCUUUAAGAAAAUUCCCAGAUGACACUUGUUUGUGGAACAUCUACUGGCACCUAAGCAAAGGAACUUCACCCACUGUGGAUGCAAAGCUCACUACAAAAUUAUACAUAAGGGUUCACAAGCCCACUGUGCCUUUUCAAGAGAUCUAGCCUAAAACAUUUGUAGGCUGGCACGGUACUCUGUCUUGCAAUCACACAUGUUAUGAGGCAGAAAAAUCUUCCAAGAUACCUCAUUUAAAAAAUCUAAGCCACUAUCACAAAGGAUGCAAUCCUAGAAUGCACUGCCACAAGCUAAAUGAAAAUAAAAAUCCUCCUUCACGCCAGAUUGGUCAAGAGAAAUGUUAACACUUACAUUUUUUUACACUUAAAUAUUUCGCAGAAAAUAAAGCAUCAGUAAACAUUUGACUAGUUAAUAUCUCUGUGUUAUGUAUGCAAGUAUUACACCAUGUCUGCUUUUUCUUUUAGGGUUAAAACGUUGAAAUUUUAUUCAUAAUAAGCUCAUAAUAUGCUCUUGUCAUUUUUACAGUAAUUUUAGGAUCUUUGGUUAUGUUGUUAUGUUGUAAAGCUGAAAACUGUAAAAUUGGAUAUAAUGCUGCACACUGAAAUAAUAUUGUUUACACACAUAUUGUUCACAUCUUGAGGCUGUACUAUUAAAAUUGUAUUUUAAUUGACUGGCCCCAUUUACUUCCAUUGUGUGCCUCACUAUGACAAAAUUUUGCCUUGAUUAUUUAUUUUCAUUUAUUUAU